AGCUCCGCUCUCUCUCUCUCUUCCUCUCCCGCCUCGGUGUCAUCGAACAACCAAAACCCUACUCUCUCUCUCUCUCCCCCUCCUCUUCCAUAAAAGCUCGACGAAGACGACGACACCGAGGAGGAUCUCAACACGGCUCUCCUCUCCCGCUCCACUCCUGCUCCGCAAGCUUUUGGUGAUCGAAAGGAGGGAAAUGGGGGCGUCGGCGACCGCGGGGAUGCAAAUGGUAGCAGCGAGGCCGUGCGUCUUGUCGUCGCAGAGGAUUCUCGCGUCUAGGGCUUCGGUUUUAGGGUUUGAUCGGGGAAUGUGCGGGGAACCUCGCUUCGGGAGCUCUCGCCAUGUCUCCUCCGUUGGAUCUCUUCGGAUGAAGAGUGGUUUGGGGGCUCCUUUGAGGUGCAGUAGUAAGGUCGUUACGAGGGCGAUGUCGGAGGCGAGCGAGAAGAGUGAGGGUUUUGGAUUGCCCAUCGAUCUGAGAGGUAAAAGGGCGUUCAUUGCCGGGGUAGCCGAUGAUAAUGGUUAUGGUUGGGCAAUUGCAAAAGCUCUUGCUUCUGCUGGUGCCGAAAUUCUACUUGGUACAUGGGUGCCUGCACUUAAUAUUUUCGAGACAAGCUUAAGACGAGGGAAGUUCGACGAGUCACGCAAGUUACCUAAUGGUUCUCUGAUGGAGAUAACCAAAGUGUACCCAUUAGAUGCAGUUUAUGAUACUCCUGAGGAUGUUCCUGAAGAUGUCAAAGCUAACAAGCGCUAUGCUGGAGCCUCAAAUUGGACAGUCAAGGAAGUAGCCGAGUCUGUCAAGAAUGAUUUUGGAAGCAUUGACAUUCUUGUGCACUCUCUUGCCAACGGCCCAGAGGUGACCAAGCCUUUGUUGGAGACAUCAAGAAGAGGAUACCUUGCUGCAAUAUCAGCUUCAAGCUAUUCAUUUGUUUCUCUACUCCAGCAUUUCCUUCCUAUUAUGAAUCCAGGUGGUGCUACAGUAUCUUUAACAUACAUAGCUUCUGAAAGGACAAUUCCUGGCUACGGUGGUGGCAUGAGUUCGGCAAAAGCUGCUUUGGAGAGUGAUACUAUGGUGCUAGCUUUCGAAGCCGGAAGAAAAGGCAAAAUCAGGGUUAACACAAUUUCUGCAGGCCCUCUGGGUAGCCGAGCUGCAAAAGCCAUCGGAUUCAUCGAGAAGAUGAUAGACUACUCAUAUUCCAAUGCACCCCUCCAGAAAGAACUACUCGCAGAUGAGGUUGGGAGCGUGGCGGCUUUCCUAGCGUCCCCGCUCGCAUCGGCGGUUACCGGUUCGGUUGUUUAUGUCGACAACGGCUUGAACACUAUGGGACUUGCGGUCGAUAGCCCGACCAUCGCGGUGUAACCAUUUGUUGUAAAAAAAAGAAAAAACAAGGAUGAGCACCUCAGCAGAAAUGUUUUCAUUCUUCUCUUCUUCUGUUUCCCCCCCCUGUUCGGCAGUGGCAUUUGCAUCCUCUAAUAAUGAGCUUGUGUUUCGCCUUUUCGUUUCAAGAACCCUAGGAAACAGGCCCUUCGGAGGCUAUAGAGUGAGUGAUCUGUUGUAGUUGGAGGUGGUUUCAUUAAUGCCAUUGGGUUUUCUUGUUGUUGUCUACAUGAACAACUUUAUUCUGCUUUUAUCAUAUGGGUGUUGAUUGUGGGGCUCA